CCCCUUACCUGGGGCCGGCCUGCAGGUUGAAGGAUAACCUGCUGAAUGUAAGCGCCCCUCAUCCGACGUUCGCACCUUCUUACCUAUUGAGAGUAAGUUCAGAAGAUAAAGUAUAGCAAUGGCUGCUAUUUAUUCUGGCAUUUCCCUGAAGCUUAAAAGCAACACAACUUCCUGGGAAAAUAAGCUGAAACUAGCUCACUUUGCUUGGAUUUCCCACCAGUGUGUUCUUCCAAACAAAGAACAAGUAUUACUUGAUUGGGCAAGACAGUCAUUGGUUGCAUUUUAUAAGAAAAAACUUGAACUGCAGGAAGACAUUGUUGAAAGGCUUUGGAUCUAUAUAGAUAACAUUCUACGUAGCAAAAAAUUACAGAAUCUCCUCAAGAAUGGGAAGACAAUUAAUCUGCAGAUUUCCCUUGUUAAGAUCAUUAAUGAGAGAAUAGCCGAGUUCUCUCUUCCGGGAUCCCCGAGAAACAUUAAUGCUGUGCUGAGCUGUUGCCAGACCAUCCUCUCGACUCCUGCCCUUGCUGCCACCUACACGGCCAGGCAGGAGCUGACAGUGGCUUUGCUGAGCCAGCUAUGCUGGCUAGCCUGUCGGCAGUCAGAAGGAGCCGUGGCAGCCCAGUUAUUUGAGGUCAUCCACCUGGCCCUUGGCCAUUACCUCUCCAUCCAGCAGCAGCAGGUCAACCCAAGACGUGCCUUCGGGGAGGUGACCGGACACCUGCUCCAGCCCUGCCUGGUCCUGAGGCACUUACUCUUGGGGGGCACGUGGACGCAGGCCGGCCAGGGUCAGCUGCGGCAGGGGCUGAGCCGGGAUGUCAGGAGCCAGAUCGAGGCUGUGCUCAGAGGUGGCGUUUUUCAGCCUGAGCUGCUGUCAUCCUACAAAGAGGAGCUCUUGGACCAGCAGCAAGGUGACGCGAAGAUGGGUGUCAUGAAGAAUCUGUUAGCGCCCAUGGACACUGUGAUCGCCCGGCUGGCAGACGCCGGCCACUGUGAGCCAUCCCUUCAUGCCGCCGUUGUUGCCAGUUCCGUGGCUUUGCUGUAUAAGCUCUUUCUGGAUUCUUACUUCAAGGAGGGAGCCCAGCUCCUCUGCUUCCAGGCGCUUCCCAGGCUGUUUGGCUGCUUAAGAAUCUCGCACCUGCCGGAGGGGCAGAUGCAAGCCCUCUCCACCUCCGACUGGACGGCGGAGCUCCUGGUCGUGGAACAGCUGCUGACCUCCGUGGCCGACAGCAAUGUCUACAACAUAGCUGCCGACAGGAUCCGGCACGGUGAGGCUCAGUUCCGCUUCUACCGCCGUUUGGCCGAACUGCUGAUAAACCACCCACAGGCCCCCUUGCCCGCCUGGUUCCGCUGCCUGAAGAUCUUGAUGUCUCUGAAUCAUUUGAUUUUGGAGCCGGACCUGGACGACUUGUUGGCUUCCACCUGGAUCGAUGCUGAAGUAACAGAGUUCCGAACCAAAAGAGCCCAGGAGGCACUCAUCGGCACUCUCUUCCAGACAUAUGUCAAGCUCAGACAGGUGCCGCGGCUGUUUGAGGAGAUUUUGGGGGUGAUCUGUCGUCCGGCCGCCGAGUCGCUAAGGCAGCCUGUGCUGGCCUCAGGCCCCUCCGCGGCACUCCGCCAGUGCCUCCUGGAGUUGUCUCCGAGUCAGGUCUUAGACACGUGGACCCUUGUGCUGGACAAAUUCCAGACUCUGGUCUUGCCUCAUUUGCGGGGUGACACCGACAUGGCGCUGAAGUCUCUGUCCCUGAGCUCACUGCUGCACUGCAUCCUGUUCAACAUGAGGAGCCUGGACAGCAGCACGCCCCUGCCCGUCAUCAGACGGACUCAGUGCACCAUGGAGGGGAUGCUCCGAGAGCUGGUGAGGCCCCUGCUGGCGCUCCUCCUAGACCCCCCCCGGGGCCCAGAGCUGGAGCUGUGGCUGCAGAAGGUCGGUGACUCUGUGCUCCUGCUCUCUCACACCUGGGCCCAGGUGGACGCCAUGCUCAGUUUAAACUGUAGCCAGUACCAGCCUGUGUCUGGGACCCUUGCAGGUGGUGCUCUAGAGACCUCAAGCCUCCCUUUACCACUCCCAGGUGUAAAGGCACAACACUGGAAGAAGAUAGAGAAGUUAACAGCUCGGUUUGACUCUCUUGGCAGGUAUUGCUUAGAACAGCUCUAUCUGCAGAAAAUGAAGAGGACUUUAAUGCAAACUGGUUUCCAGUCUGAAGAAGCCCUCCACACUUUGAGAUGUGAUGCUGCAUACAUACUUGCUUCUGGCAGAAAACGCCUGGACCAGAGGGCAACAGCCUCCUGGGAUGGCCAGGUGGGGACAGUGAAUGCACUCACGUACCCUGUAGCACACUGGCACCUGAUCGUGUCAAACCUCACAAUUUUACUACCCUAUCUUUGUGCAGAUGAUGUACGAUACCUGGCCAGUGUCCUGCUGAGAACUUUACCAAUGAGUAGAGCCCAGGAAUUCUCAGCAGGCGAAGAGCCAAACAUCACACUUGAGAAAGCCUCCCAGGCGGUCCUUCACAGCCCUUUCUUUCCAGAAAUGCAGGCCCUUCAUUCUGCUUUCUUAACGUGCAUAGCGGCACGAUGUGCUGAUGUUCUGUGUUCUGGCAUCCAGAGUGACCCGGGUCUUCUCCGUCAGCAGCUACCCUGGCUUUUUGAAAAGGGCUGCAUGGCUGUGACUCAGUGGGAAAAGAGAUUUGCAGAAGUGGGACCCGCAGGUGAAGAACUAAGAGGAGAAAUUGCCCGAAACUUACUGUCCUUGGUCAAGAGCGACUUCCCCAUCCAGCUGGAGGGAGAACAGUUAGAAAACAUCCUGGGGCUUUUGGACAUUGUUUCUGCUCUACGCCUGGACAGCCUCUUGACUCCCCAUCAUGUGCAUUAUUUUCUUCUCUUACUGGCCAUGGCCAUCUCCAAGCUAGGGAGCUCAUGCUCCUCUUCACUGAUGCUCAAGUUUUUGACGACUUGCUACUGGCUUCUUGGCUAUCUGCAAAGAGGAAGAAGUGCCCGAGCAGUGCUCAAAGUCAUGUAUGCUAGUGAUAUUUUCGAGAUCGUACUGACCUCAUUGCUCAAAGCCAGUAGUAGAUUUCUUACUGACCUGGAUGACCCUUGUUGGCUGGAAUUCCUGCAAGUGGUAGGGACCUUUUUAGAACAGCUAAUGCAGAUGCUCAUUCAGGUGAAGCUCAGCCUGGUGCUCAAUUUUGGGAAAAUCAUCACCUUCCUCUCAAGGAUGGACACUGAAGCCACAUCAGGCACACAGCUGGAAAAUGAGAAUCCUCUGGGCCAGCAACUCCUUCUGGUGUCUUUAACCAAGUUGUGCCAAGUCCUGGGGCCUGUUGUCAGGAAGCGGAAGCAGCAGCACGAGGCCCCGGACGCGCUGCCUGAGCUGCUGCGGCAGGCUGUCCUCCAGACGGGAGGCGUGCUUCAGCUCUGCUUGGCCCGCGGGGCCCCCAGUGGGUGCCUUCCUGCCGCCUUCGUCUUGUCUGUCAGCACGCUCUUGGAAGCAGACGUGGGCCAGGGCUGCGGGCACAGAGGAACGGAGAUUUCCCAAGUGACAGACGGGGUGCAGCUCCCCCGUACCGCCCUCUACCAGGGAGUUUACUCUCGGAUCCUGUCGGAGCUGCCAGCUCUGGCAGAAAGCACUCCAUCUUUCCAGGCAGCCAUGCAGUUUUUAACUCAAUUUCUUUUGGCCCCAGACCUGCACCCCAAGAAGGAGUCUGUGUUUGCCUCCAUGUUUCAUUCUAUGAGAAAAGUUCUUGCAGAUCCUGCUAUUCCGAGUCAGGUAAUUCAGGACAUCAAGCCUCAUCUGAGAGUCCUUGUCACCCACAUGUUAGAGGUCGGGACGACAGAGGACUUCAGGGUGGUGAUGCGAAGCAUCCUUCAAGGGCUGGAUGUCAGCAACGCGUGGAAGGCAGAUCUGCCGGCCAUCCUGUCGGCCGUCACUCUGACCAAGCUGCUGCUGAGCUGCCCGCUGGAGGGAGAGAAUGCACGUCUGUUCUGGCAGGUGUGCCCCCAGGUCAUCACUGCUCUAACCGUGAGUACCCUCUGGAGGCCCGCCCCGGCUCUUCAGCCUCCUCUGGGCAGACUAGGGGCAGCUCCUGCCACUCUCUGCCUUUGCACAGUGUUUCUGGAGCUGUGUCCUGGAAUGGCUGUGAGCAUGUGUCCUGUCCCACUGGUACGGGGGAGCUGUGGGCAGGUGUGGGGGGCAGUAAGGCUGUCAGACAGGCAGUGAUGGGGGGAAUGAGGGGCCUGACUGAGGCUACGCAGGAGGCCAGUUUAAAUGAGAUGAGAUGCAAUGGAAUUCUGGGGCUUUCUUUGUCCCCACAGAAUUCUCUGGUUAGUUGAGUGAAUUCAUUCAUUUUAGGAGCAUGUGGGUUGGUGUUCAAAGUCUGUGAUACAGUGAGAAAAAAUGGCUUUAUAGAACCAGGAGGCAGUGUUGCAGACAAGAGUAUAAUAAUCCCACCCAAACAUUAAAUUUUGGCACCUGGUGAAUAGCCACAGUAGUUACAUGACUUUUUGUUUCAUUGGCCACAAACCCAGCUCAGGUUGGGCUCAUUACCCUGGCAGAUCUGCCGCCAUGGAGCCCUGUAGCAGCGUGCUUCACCUGGAUCUGAAAGCGCAGAGUCUGUUUUGGCAUCAUUGCCAGACCUCAUUCUAGCAUGUGCUGCCUGAGAGCAUUGCCCUCGAUUAGCAUGUUCUUGGGGCAGAAGGGCCUAAGGAAUACACCCGAGGUUCACUGCUUUGUGGUUCCCUGGGGUCUGUAUGGGCGGGUGAGCCUCCUCUUCACCUGGAGUGGGGAGCGGGCGUCAGGGCGAUGAGUGGGGUGAGAGGGCCCACGUGUGUGGGUUGGUGCUGCAGGGCGCACAGGGCCACAUGCUUCUCAGCAGCAGACCAGCAGCUGCUUAGAGCCUAAAGGGGCCAGCAGGAAGCCAGCCCCCCGGAGGACCAGGGGGAGAUGAGCCUGCCGA